AACAGCCACCUAUAUGGUUCAGGUAGAUAAGAGGCAGCAAUGUCGAUGACAUCAUCGACCCUUCCCUUGCCUCUAUCGGUUCCCCUAGCCCCAAUCUCUAGAAAGUCCGCCUUACCUUUGAACCAAUCGCCGGCCCAAUCAUUUUCCUCGAUGGAACAGCAGACGGAAGAUCAGCGGCGCGUGGUGGUCUGCGGCGGCGGAGUCAUCGGAGUCUGCACCGCCUACUUCCUAGCGAAGAAAGGCGCCGCCGUUACUCUCAUCGAGAAAUCCUCCAUUGCCUGCGCCGCCUCCGGCAAGGCCGGCGGUUUCCUCGCCCUUGAUUGGUGCGACGGCGGAGCCGUGUCCGGCCUCGCCCGCGCCAGCUUCAAUCUCCAUCGCACGCUCGCCCAAGAACUCGACGGCCACCGAUCCUACGGCUACAGGCCCCUGAACACUCUCAGUCUCUCUGUGGCUGAGCAAAGCCCCAUCGCCGGCGGCGCUUCCAAGGCCUCUGGUAGCUCUAACCUUCCGUCGUGGGUGGACGGACCCGCUCGGAACCCUAGGACGAUCGGGACCACGGAGACCACGGCGCAAGUGCAUCCUCAGCUCUUCACUCGAACCCUACUGUCGGCGGCGGUGGCGAACCACGGCGUCGAAGUGGUGAUUGGAAAAAUGGAGCGCGUGGAGGUGGAGGGCGGCCGAGCCAAAUCGGUGGUGGUGGAGGGAGGACGAGUUAUCGAGUCGGAUGGGGUGGUGCUGGCUCUUGGGCCGUGGAGCGGAAGGUUGGAGCUAUUGUCGUCGCUGUUUAGAGUGUACGGUCUGAAGGCCCAUAGCAUAGUUUUGGAGCCCAAGGAGCCCAAUGCCAUAACCCCUCAUGCGCUCUUCCUCAGUUACUACCCAGCCCAGGGGGGAAAGCCCAUGGAUCCAGAAGUGUACCCUCGCCCAACAGGGGAGGUGUACGUGUGCGGGAUGUCGGCGGAGGCGGAGGUGCCGAACGAUCCGGAAGAGGUGGCGGGCGACCCGGAAUCCAUAAGGGUGCUGCGGAGGGUGGCGGGGACGGUGUCGAGCCAAUUGAGGGAAGGAGAAGCGGGGGCGAGAGUGAAGGCGGAGCAGGCCUGCUUCCUGCCGUGUACAGACGACGGCGUGCCCGUCAUAGGGGAGGUUCCAGGAGUGAAGGGGUGUUACGUGGCGACGGGGCACAGCUGCUGGGGCAUUCUGAAUGGGCCGGCGACCGGAGCUGCGGUGGCUGAGCUGGUGCUCGACGGCCGUUCUACCAUUGUUGAUCUGAGUGAGUUUAGUCCGGCCAGAUUUUUGGGCAGCAAGAGACGCUAAUGUGGUUGAAGCCUCUGACACAUUUGCUGGGCCGGAGGGAGCGGAAUUAUCCGGGUCAAGGACAAGUUUAUCCAUGUUAGUGUCAACCUGACUGGGAAUUUAGAAUUAGAUGGGGAUAGGGAAUGGUAUAUUGGAAUUGGAUUCUCAUGUGUGCUUUUAUCAGUAGUGACAGAGAAAAGAAAUUUGGGUACAAGCUUGUAAAACACUGUUCAGUAAACAAACAUUCCUUUUCUUUCUUCUAA